CAAAAAAACAAAAAAAAAUGCUGCUGAUCACAAAAAAUUGACUGAUAAACAAGCUCGGGUACCAUUUCUUGGAAAAAGGGGGAGAAAAAAUGGAGGGAGCCAGGGUUCUGAGAUUGUGAGUGGGAAUUUGACGCAGAUCCGCUCUUGAAUACUCCGAUGACACAAAUUGGGAGCUGGGUUUGAAUGAAUCGAAUUUGAAAUUCCCAAAUUCCAGAAAGUAAAGGUCGGAAUUUCAGCGGUUAUUCUCCAUAAAGACCGAAUCUGUUCUUGGAAGCUUUGAAUCUUUGAAUCUUGGGUAUGAAAAUUUGCGAGGAUCAGAACAAAGGGUUGUGAUUUUUCGGUGUUUCGAUUUGUACGAACAGCUGGUGGUUGGUGGGUAACCGCCAUUUGAGCUCAAUUCUGUGAAUUUGCAAGGUAUCUGAAAUCUGAAAUCCCCAAGAACCCUAAUUUCAGCGAUGCGCUGAAUCUCUGAGGAUAAUUUGUAGAAAUAACUUGUAUUUGAUUUGUGUAGACACAAUAAAAAUAUGCAUGCCCGGAAUCGGAAUCCCGGAAAUGGGUACAGGUCCAAUUCCAUGGGCAUGGGGAUGGGCAUGGCUCCCAACUCUCGGAUCUCUCCGGAGGGUUCUAUGAGGGGGCAUGGCUUUUACAGCACCGAACACCGCAAUUUCAAUCGGGGUUUUGGCCGCCCGAAGUCUUUCCAACCGCCUCCAGCUCCACCACCGCCUCCACCUCCUCCACCCCGGAAAGGCGAUAUCUUUACGGAGGCGGGGCGCCUUGCGGCGGAGUAUUUGGUAGCUCAGGGCCUGCUGCCUCCAAAUGUGCUGUCUGCCAAAUGGCAGAACUCCAAGAAGCAAGUGGGGGAGUUUCAGGAAGCUGAACAGUUGCAAAUUGCAGCAGAGGGCCGAACUUCAGCUCUUGCCCGGUUGGGGAAUUCGGUUUCGGAUGGAGGUUCUAGAAGGGGAAGGUUUGGUGUUGGAUUCAGCAACAAUGCAAGGAAUCAGUUCAAGGGAAGGAGGAGAAAUGCGGCUGGAUCGAAUAGGGGCGCUUAUGGUUCCGACUGGGGCCAAGAGUAUGGGAGGGGUGGUUCGUUCACUGAUAGGCACAGUAGGGCUUCCUCUGAUAUGGAGGGGGAUGAAGGUUCUGUAUCUGGACAGCAUGAGGAGCAGAAGCUCAGUAAAGAUGGUUGUAAUAAUGGGUUGCAACAGAACUCCAGUCCAAGUGAUUGGGGACCGAAGAGCGAGGAUGCAGUGGAUUCAGAAUCUAAAUUAGACAAGAGUCAAAACCACGAUGAGGAUAUGAGCUCAAAGCCAAGUUCUUCUGGUGCUUGGAAAGAUGGUCCAAUUGAAACCGAUGAAGUUGGUGAGGAACCCUCCAAGGUAUCUGAUAUAGAGAUGAAGGAUCAAGAUUCUGCCACCAGUUAUGAAACCGAGAAACAUAACGUAUCGGAGAACUUACCGAUUCAGCUUAGGGUUCCGGAGGCUGAGGUUGAGGGUGAUUCCUCAGGAAAGAAUGGUACUGAUUUGCUGACACUCUCCAAAUUUGCCAAGGUGCCCACCAGAAUCCGCUCGUCGUUGACUUCUAGGGGUCCAAAGGUUGAUCCAGUUACAAAUAUCCAGGUGGGGAGCACCUCCGACGUUGCUGUCCAACCAGAAGAGUUUCAAGUUUUAGUUGAAAGCGGUUCUCUUGAUAUUUCCACAGGUGCCACUCUUUCGGAUAAAACUCCUCAUGAGAAUGAUCUCAACCCCGAAUCUUCUAAACCUCAGUCCAGUCAGUCGGCUGAAAUUUUAGUAGAAUUAGAUCCUGAAUAUGGUAUGGAGCAAAACAAACAUGGAAGAUCCCAGUCUUUGCCAGGUAGAGCUUUUGUUCGUGAAGACGAGCAAGACUCAAGUCAGGGACCAGUAGGGUUUAGGAGUUCCAGCUUUGUAGUUAAAGAAAGAGUUGAGAAAAGGGCUUUAGAAGUACACGAUAACCUGGGAGGAGCUAAAAAACCGAGACAAUGGCUUCCUUACAUGGUUGCAGACACAGAUGAGUGUUUCCAACGUCCUAAAUUGGGUGAAAAGAAAGAAAGUUCACAGGAAGAAAACACUUCUGCUGAUGAGCAGGUAAUUAUAGCUAAUGAUCAUGAGAGCUCGGUAAUGAAUGAUUCCCUUUUCCAAAAAAAUGGAAGUGAAGCCUGUAUGGAGUAUGUGCAAGAAAAGCAGCUUUUUCCAAAUUCAUUCAAGAUCUGCGACCUUAAUCUCAUGGAUGCACAUGAGAAUCGUGAUAGUGAUCAUGCAAUAGAUUAUCCAACUGUUUCUGGAAUAAAGAAAGAAGCAGAAACUGUUGAUAUUGAUUUGUCAAUGAGUAAUUCCAACUUGUCUGGUGAAAACAGUAGACAAACCAUCGAUGUUAAAGAGAUUGAGAUCAUAGAUUUAGAAAAUGACUCCAUCCAAGAAGAUAAGACCUUCAACAAUACCGAAAGAAAGACAGAUGCUGAAUUUACUCCUCUAGAUGGCUUUACCAACCAUGCGCAGAAUCCUAACGAUAUCCCUGAUGUUCAAGAUGGUUAUGGGCUUAUGAUUUCAGAGUUGCUGGGAACUGAUUUCCCAAGUUGUUCAACGGUACCAGGGGAUCUUAAUCCAGUGCAUAAUGAAAUUGACCUUCAUAACGGACAGCCAGCUCUUGCUGACGAUGAUUCGAUAUACAUGGCGCUGGGAGAAAUACCAUUAACCUUUUUGAGGCCCUGGGAGCAGCCAACCCCACAGGAGUAUGAGAAGCCCUUUUGAUCCAGCCAUUCAUAAUAUUGCUGGGAUGUACAAUUCGGUAAUGCUUAGAUCAUUGGGGGUUCUUUUGUCCCAUUUGCUUCAUUUAAGUGGCAAUCUUUGCUUUGAUUGAUUUUUAUUUUUUCAGUUUGUUAAGGGUGCAAGUCUGUUCCUCUGGUAGGAAGUUUAAGGAUGUUAAAUACUUUUAAUUUGCUGUUACACCUUGUUUUUAACAUGAAAAUUUUAAUCGUGUUGAUUCGCAUUUGGCGGUAAUGGUUGAAGACGCCAUUUGUUA